UCUGCCCGCAUUUGCUGUAUGUAGUUGACAUCGACACUUGUUGAACAACAUCUCUCAGGACGAAUUGUUUUCUUCAACGUAAAGGAGAUCUCCAACACUGGAUGUAUUAUGGCUCAGAGCUUUGUUGCUGUUAUUGCUGUUAAAGAUGAAUCAGGAGACAUCAAAUACAGUAACCUGAAAGUACUUCCAGAGGUCCAAAGAGGGACAGUAUCGAAGAUCUCCAACAAAAAAAGUAAUGCUAAUGGCGUGGCUCAGGGACGUGAUUCAGACUAUUCCGAUGGACCAGGAGACACCAAACACAUUCUGAAAGGAGAUUCAGAGACCUCCAACACUGGAAAAAGUAUGGCUCAGCGAUGUGAUUCAGCAGACUAUUCCGAUGGAGCAGGAGACACCCAAUACCUUAACCUGAAAGACUUUUCAGGUGACAGACUCUUCCGUCUGCUGGCAGAGAGGCUUGGUGCCCACUGGGAACCCAUAGCAACAUUUUUAGGGAUCUCCAGCGAUAACAUAACCGCCCUCAAAAAAGAGUAUUCCGACCCAGAUGAGCAGAUUUUUCAAAUGCUUACGGCGUGGCAAAAAAAUUUGGCAGACACUGGCAACAUGGUUCAACUGUUGGUUAACGCUUUGGAGCAAGGUGGCAGAAAGGACUUGGCAAAGGAGCUACAAAAUGGUUUAUGGAAAAUACCUAAAGAACCAGUGGUUCCUACCACUUCAAGCGGUAAGCCUCAUGGCACUCCUACUAUCGAGGAAAAAAGGCUCCGUAAAUUUUCAGAGAAACUUUCGGGAGACAUGGAGAGGCUAGCAACGGAGCUAGGAGUGGCCAGCGAGCGAGUCGAUAAAAUUAAGGAUAAGAAUCGAAAGGUGGCCGAGCAGACGUUCCAGAUGUUCCGAUAUUGGCAGUGCAAUACACCGGGUGUCAAUCACCUGGAUGAGCUGGUUACCGCACUGAAGGCAGUUGGCAGGCGUGACGUAGCAAGGGAGAUUGAAAAUGGAACGUUGUAGAGAGAGAGAGAUAUAAAAGAGAAAGUUGAGCUGAUUGCAUGCAGUCAGUAUCCAGAAAUGAUUGAAUUACAAGAUGCAUGGAUCCAGUGACAGUCACGGCCUUGGACAGGAUUCCAUCUCGGAGCAACACAUGUUGUCGUGUCCGUGCAACAAGGUCUUGUUUCCUAAACUUGGCCGUACGUGAAACGCGAGUUUCAGAAUAUCAAAAGGUCGUAUCUCACUUACAAUAACCGGGAUGUUCACACAAAGUCAAUGGACGUAGAGUACGACCUUGUCGCACGGAGCACAUUCGUGCGAGAUACGACUUUGUUGCAGGAUGGAGUUACUACCUUCUUGCACUGAUGCGACGAUAUUUGUGUUACAAAUUUGAAACUAAAUCUUAAACAUGGGAGUUUGAAAUUGAAGAAUCGUCAAAUUGAAAGGGCCUGCUGAGGUUUUAGUCCUAGCAAAAUCUUGCUCAAUGAGAAAACUUGAGAAUUUUAGAAUAUACAUGUAAACUUGCUUAUGAUGAAGAAGUUAACAGUAAUAAGACUGAAAUACUGCUUUGAAGCCAACAUCUUAACUCUUUUUAUAUUUUACGACAGUUUUGAAGUUUUUAGCCAAUAAGGUAAUAAUGAAUGGGAAUGACAGUGUGGUGGAGUAGUUUUAAACAUCUCGUUUAAAACCUGUUUGGGGCUUGGUUGCUGAUAAUGGUCCUCGCCUUCGGGCAAUAGGCCUGAGACUUAAUGAUGUCACACUUUGUUUACAUGUGUGCUUUUCUGUGUGGUAGACGGUCCCUACUUCGUCUGGCUUCCCGACUUCACUCCCAUAGGAAAGCGCAUAAUGUUAACAAAACCAUUAAGUCAUUAGGUCUGAGGUUAAUUAUCAGGGACCAGACCCCUAAUGGUUUAAAACUGGACAUUUAAAAUGGCACUACCGCACUGUUCUUCCCUGAGUACUGCUAUGAAAUUUUUAAGCAUGUACAAAGGUCUCAGACUAUUACUGAUUACAGCCGUAAUGGCAAAUUCAACCAGAGUGCCUUCCAGGUGCUAGU